AUGGGUGGUCCAACAGGAUCUGGCUGGGUUCCAAAAACGCUGAGGAUUGUCUUGACUCUAUUGUUUCCAAUACUUCUCGUCAUCGCAAUUCAGGAAAUUUCGUGUCCCCAAUGUUCCUGGCCGCAAGAAGCCUGGAUUUGGGAUCAUCUGGGUGCUAGGUUUAGUUCCUGGCACCGACAAACUGAACAGGCAUCAUCUACCAAUAAGUCUCCGGGUGUCUGGCUCGACGACAGCAGCAAUAAUGUGAGCCGAAAUAUACCGAGAUGUACCCUCCCAACGACCCGGCACUCCAUCACCACCGGCCUAACAUCCUGCUAUCCGUCCUCAGGCGGAAUCUGGGUAUCCGAGCUUGGUCCUUUGGAACUACAACACCUCAGUAUCAACCGCUUCGACUCCUCAGAGCGAUCGUGGAACACCGACGAAGAAGAGUCCUUCUGCCACCGGUUACGAGUGUUCGGGGGUGAAUGGUACAAUAUCUCCGCGGACGAGAUACCCAUUCUACCAGACGAGAACGGAAAGAUGCACUGCGCGCCGUUGGAGGACCUAGCUCCCGUGUUCGAGAUUCGGCGGUACGUCGGCUUCCCUGAGACGGGGGGUGUGCUGGUUCUUGCGCCCGAUGGGGAAGGCAGGUUUCCGGAGAACAUGUCAAUUGUGUUGAAUGCGUUGAGUAUGGAGGAGCGAUGUAUGGCGCUGAGGAGACAAGGCGCGGUCUUUUGUCCGGAUUUCAAGGAUUGCUCUGUUCUUGAGGAUCUGCGGAGGGAACCGUGGGAGUGGGCGGGUGAGCGUGGGUUCCCCGGGUGGGGAUCAAAUGAUCUUGAACCAGAUUGGAGUUGGUGCGGGACCAAUUGA